AUGUGGGUGCGUGGUUAUAUUGAUGGCCCAACAGCGUCCGUACCGUGUCCUCCCCAGUCUAUUACUCGAUGCGUGCUGAGAAAACCCGCAGGGCUGACGCUCGCUCAGCAGGUCGCGCAGCUCGCCGAGGCUACCCCGCUUGACUUUGACCCAGAGGAUGCGGAGGCUCAGAACCACCCCGCCGACGAAGAGGACGACGGACCCCCGCAAGCUCAUCUGAACGCCGCGCGCGCGCACUACGUCGACGUCGGACCCUCCGCGCUCAGGCGCGCACGAGAGAGCGUAGCGGAUCCUAAAUACGCCGGCGCACGUACCUCCCGGGCUCGUCUUAUGGAUACCGCCGACUCCCCCUCCGAGGACGAGGACGAGGACGAGGAGACCCACCCACGAUACGGAGAUGACAGUGGGAGUCCCGCUGCGACGGACGAGGAGGGACAUAUGCACUCGGACGACGAGAUCUCGUCAGCGGCCGAGACCGACGAAGAUCAGGAUGACGAUGACGGGCACGAGGCGCUAUCACCGACACAUCGCGCGGGCUCGCCGCACCCCCACCAGCACGCCGCCUCCAACCAGGCACCGGCGCUGCCAGCUCCUCAGCCGGACGCGCUCUCCACCGCCCUCCGCCAAAAGCGCGAAGAGGACGUGAAAAAAGGCGCCGCCGUCUCCCGCCAGCUCGGGAUGGUGCACGAUGCUGAACCUCGUGACGCCCAGGCGAUCUUCGAUGCCCUCCUCGAUGCCCGCAUCCGCCUCCAAAAAACCGUCAGCGCAAGCAACUCGCUCCCGCGGACCAUAGACCUCACCCAACACGCGUCCGCCAUCCAACGAACCCUCGACACCGCGCUCGCGCUCUCAGACGAGCUCGCGUCCCUACACGAGAUCCUCCUCGAGAAGAGCAACGACGCACCAUCCGUCCCCCUCCCCCCUCGCAAACGCCGGCGCCUCACCGAAGACGCCCGCGCCCUCGACCACCCGCAAUCCGUACACGACGCGUCGCUCGACCUCUUCGCCUUCGAACACGCCUACCACCCGCACCUCCUCCGCACCCUCGCCAAAUGGUCCUCCAAAAUCUCCGCCGCGACCCCGGCACCCCCUUCAACCACCCGCACCGCCUUCUCCGCCCGCCCCUCCUCCUCCUCCGCCUUCUCCGCCUUCGCCGCGGCCGCCUUCUCCGCCUCCGCCCAGAUCGACGCCGCCCUCGCCGCCCCGCGCGCGCGAUCACAGCGAAACCCGGCAAACGACGGAGGCGGCGACGAGGCACAGCCAGAGGAAGGGGAAGGGGACGACGACACGUUCGACGACGACACCGCGUUCUAUCAACAACUUCUCCGCGACGUGAUCGCCUCCCGCACGGGCUACGACGCAGCAGCAGGGGCAGGGGCAUGGGGUGCGGAAGAAGAGAGCUGGCGCGCGGUGCAGCGCCAGAAAGCGCAGAAGAAGAAGGCGUCGUCGAAGAGCGUGGUCGACACCAAGGCGAGCAAGGGGCGUAAGCUCAGGUUCGAGGUGCACGAGAAGCUGCAGAACUUUAUGGUGCCCGUGCCCGUGCCCGGCGCGUGGCACGAGGCCCAGGUCGACGAGCUCUUCGCGUCCGUGCUCGGCAAGGCUGCUGCCGUCGCGGCCCCGGCGGAGGAGGAGGAGGCGGUCGCGGUCGACGGCGGGUUCCGUCUGUUCGGAUGA